AUGACACCCAUCCAUGAACAACCAGCUGCCCACCUCUCCAAGGCCAUCAACAAAUACUCAGAUACCCUUCCAUACAACAAGCUCCUGAUUGACGUUACUGUACACCUCAACCACUGCAUUCAAAACAAAGACAUGAUGAACAUUCUGGAUUUAUACCUCGCUGUCACAAUACAACCACCAGAGGACAACAGUGUGGACGACAUUGAAAUUCCGAAGUCCAUCUCCAAAUGGGUUGGAGAGUGUGGGCUUUCAUCAGACUAUAACUUCAUGGUACAGGAACUGAGUGGCACAUGCAAUGGCCAUCGCAACAUUGAUCUUGCUCUGAUCAUGGAGUUCAAAGAGCAGGCUACAUGGCAACAGCCCAAGGAGAUGAGCAUCACUGCUCAAACUCUUCAUACGAGUCCCACUUUGGAUUACAAAGAGUUCAUCCCUACACGCAUCAAGAAGAGUCUGAAGUUCGACGGUGGCGUGGAUGGCCACUUUGAUUUUAACAGCAAGAAUCCAGACAUGUUUGCAGAGGGGACUCUUUACCCCACAGUACAGAUGUCCGACAUCGAAUGUAUAUUGAGGGACAGCACCAACACAUUGAAAGGGUACAUUAUUUCCUUGAUGGAGGGGAUGAAUUUAGAGGUGUCUGCAAUCCAGCUUGUGCGCGAAUCCAAUCCCAUGUUCGAGCCUGUUUGGGGGGCUGCUGUUAAUCAAAUCUCUUCCACCAUAUACCUUACAGCCUACUGUUGUUACCUGGAUUGGUGCCAUCAUAAAUACAGCAAAUGUAAGAACUCGCAUGAGAAUGCUCAAUCCUCGAGCACCAGUUAUCAGACUACUACCACCUCUGUCUCAUCUGAUCUGAGCACCUCCUCAUCUGACCUCACAAUGAUUUCGUCCACUGGGCUCUUGCCUGAUGCACACCCCAAGCCCUUGGCAAAGAAGGCCAAGACCCAAUCUGCUGAGGAGCCCAAGUCGAAGUCGAAGUCGACAAAGACAAAGACAAAGACAAAGACAAACGGAAAGGGGAAGGGGAAGUCAGGGCUCUAA